AGAGUGUGUAUCAAGUCAGUGGGAGCCAUGCUCCGUGGGGGCCCAUGACUUUGGCUAAAGCAUAUGAGGAAAUUGUGAUACCCAUCCCAGCCCUCAAGUUCUGUGCUCCCUGCUGCUACGAGGACAGACAGGUACCUCCUGAGAGCCUGUGACAGACUCCUCGGACACCAGAAGGUGAUCUGGGUGGCAAAGCAUGCCCACCCCCAUAAUGGGUGGAAAAUGAGCAUCACGGACGUGCUUAGUGCUGACGACAUCGCAGCAGCUCUGCAGGAAUGCCAAGACCCAGACACUUUUGAACCACAAAAGUUCUUCCAGACUUCAGGCCUCUCCAAGAUGUCUGCCAGCCAAGUGAAGGAUGUCUUCCGGUUCAUAGACAAUGACCAGAGUGGAUACUUGGACGAAGAUGAGCUCAAGUUUUUCCUCCAGAAGUUCCAGAGUGAUGCGAGAGAGCUGACUGAGUCAGAGACCAAGUCCUUGAUGGCUGCAGCGGACAAUGAUGGAGAUGGGAAGAUCGGGGCUGAUGAAUUCCAGGAAAUGGUGCAUUCUUAAAGUCCAAGUCUAUGGAAGAAAGAGUGGAAGGUGAAUUCUGCCAGAAGGUCUCCAAAGCCCUGGGACCGGGAAACUCCCCAACCUAUCCUGAACUAAUUUCCUGAGUCCCCCCAAAGCACUUCUGCAAUGUGCUCCUUAUUUGAAAAAAUGCAAUGGUCUGUGGCUCUUCAUUCUUUGGUGGUGGUGGGUAGGUCCUGAUGAGUUCUGUAAGUUCCCCCUGGCAGGCAAUGCCUUUAAAAAAAUCACCCAAUAAAAUCAUUUCUCAUCA